UGACUUAGUAUUAGCUACAGAAAAGGUUUGAUCUCAACGAAUAGGAAAGGCUCGAUUUGUGGUUCUUUUCAGUCAAUUCAUCACUCUCCGCCAAACCCAUGAAUCAAAAACCAGGCUGUUUGUCCAUUUCAUUCUCAAUUCCAUUGGAUCUUCCAUGUGUUGAUGGAGAAGCUUUUCCUUAGCCCAUUUUUGCUGUUGUCUUACACAAAUCAAGUGGGGUUUCUCCCUUUAUUCUCAUCUUCCCCUUUACCCUUCUACUCAUUCACCUUUGCUUGUCUUCAACGUUGGGUUGCCCCGUAGAUACCAAUCUAUUUGAGAAUUUUAGGGUGUUUGUAACAAAACCCAGAAGGGGAUUUGGGGGAUUUGUUACAGAUGCUCUGCAAAUGGGGAAAGUGGAGGAGCGAAAUCUGCCGGUGCAGCAGCGUCGUGAGGUGGCUCACUCUUCUGGGUGUCUUUGUGGUGAAUGUUCGAUUUGUUUUGAUAGAAUUUGUAAGGAGUUGAAUUUCAAGUGUUUGUUGGUUUUGGUUUUGGGGUUUGUGGUGUUUGUGCCUGGAUUCUUUUGGCUUCUUCCUUUUCAUGAAAGAAAUUCAGGGUUUGAAGCGAAAGACGCCAUUAAACUCAGUGCCACAGUUCACGUGUAUUGUGUUCUUGAGAAGCCUGUGAAGGAGCUUCUCCCUCAUAUCAAGAGAUUAGAGUUUGAUAUCAAUGGUGAACUAGACAUUCCUAAUGUCAAGGUUGCCAUUCUAUCCAUGCACGAUUUAGGUGAGUCGAACAGGACAUACGUGGUUUUCGGUCUUCUUUCUGAAUACUUAACUGCUCCAAUAAAUCCAGUGUCCUUAAGUCUGCUGAGAUCGUAUUUAUAUGACCUUUACCUUCGCGAGUCGAACCUUACUUUGACGACAUCGAUUUUUGGACAGCCAUCAGUAUUCGAAAUUCUGAGGUUUCCUGGGGGAAUCUCUAUAAUCCCAUUUCAACAUGCUUCAAUAUGGCAGUUCCCCCAGAUUGUGUUUAACUUCACUCUUACGAACUCUAUUUCUGAAAUACUCGACAAAUUCGUCGAGUUCAGGAAUGAGGUGAAGCUUGGAUUGCAUCUGAGGCGCUACGAGAAUGUGUAUUUUCAAAUAACAAACACGAUUGGCUCGACAAUGCAACCGCUCAUAGUUGUUCAAGCUUCUAUUUCUUCGGAGUUGGGACGCAUGACAUCACAGAGAUUACAGCAGUUGGCUGCAAUUAUCAACGCCUCUCCCAAACGAAAUCUCGGCCUUGAUUACUCGGUCUUCGGAGAAGUCGAAAGUAUCAGUUUGUCUUCGUAUCUGAGGAGAACCUCUAAGGCAAUGCCACCUACUCUUUCUCCAGCUCCUGCCCCUGCUCCUGGUCAUCAUGUAGAACUACAGAUUGCUCCACAUCGUUCAAGGUCAUCGUCCCAUGGUCUUGCGCCCCGACGACAUGUAAAUCGUUACCCACCUCGUUCUUCUCCGGCUCCUGCACAUUCCUCUCGUGGACAUUCAAUACCUCCAAUCUCCUAUCCAAAGUCUACAAGUCUGAUUGUUCCUCCGGCCGAUCAACCUGGGGUUUCUUCGUCGUUGCCCCCUGAUCUGUUACCUAAACCGAAGCCUUCUUUUCGGUCCGAAUCAGAACAGACAAAGGAAGAUGUCCAUAGAGUUUGGCCGCCGCCCAUUGAUUCGUCUCGUCCAGAUCAAGAUUAAAAUCCAUCAAUCUCCUUCAUCUUAACAUAUCCAUCAUCACACUGAAGAACACAAAUGAUACAAAAGUCGUCGGGUUGGAGCGGAUCGGGUACUCAUUUUUGGUUCUACGAGCAACCAGAAGGCGCCUCUGCAAACAUUUCUAACAACAACAAGGUCUUUUCCUCCCAAAAAGGAGAGUGUCAAGUGUAGAUGGGGAAUGGGGAUGUUUUCCAAAGGGGAAGCAAGUCCUGUAGGUGUAGGGUGU